AUGGAGGCGAUAUGGCUGUACCAGUUCCGACUCAUCGUCAUUGGAGACUCGACGGUGGGGAAAUCGUGUUUGAUCCGGCGGUUCACGGAGGGGCGCUUCGCCCAGGUCAGCGACCCCACGGUCGGCGUAGAUUUCUUCUCUCGCCUGGUGGAGAUUGAGCCGGGGAAACGCAUCAAGCUACAGAUCUGGGAUACCGCGGGACAGGAGCGUUUCAGGUAUGUUGUGUGUGUGGGAGGGGGAUCUAAGGAUGGUGACAGGUGUUUAUAGUCGAAUAUUAACUGCUUUCGGUAGUGAUCUAUCAUAGCCUACCUUUCAAAUGACAGUGUGCUCUGGUGUGUCAAUGCAGCUUCUUGUCCAGCAAGACUCAGGGCUCUGAGGUCUACACUGAACUCAGGUUUUGUCAUUCCACUACUGAUUAGGGUUAUUGUCUAGUCAACAGUGCCUUAUUAUGCAAAGUACAAAGGGUAUGCGGUUACAGCCCUACUUCAAUAUUUACUUUUUGGAACAUCAGUGACACAUUGAACAUGCAUGCCUAAACAGGCCUGGUUGACAUUUCUAAAACGUGAAAAACAAGUAUACAGUGAGGGAAAAAAGUAUUUGAUCCCCUGCUGAUUUUGUACGUUUGCCCACUGACAAAGAAAUGAUCAGUCUAUAAUUUUAAUGGUAGGUUUAUUUGAACAGUGAGAGACAGAAUAACAACAAAAAUAUUGAGAAAAGCGCAUGUAAAAAAAUAUAUAAUUGAUUUGCAUUUUAAUGAGGGAAAUAAGUAUUUGACCCCCUCUCAAUCAGAAAGAUUUCUGGCUCCCAGGUGUCUUUUAUACAGGUAACGAGCUGAGAUUAGGAGCACACUCUUAAAGGGAGUGCUCCUAAUCUCAGUUUGUUACCUGUAUAAAAGACACCUGUCCACAGAAGCAAUCAAUCAAUCAGAUUCCAAACUCUCCACCAUGGCCAAGACCAAAGAGCUCUCCAAGGAUGUCAGGGACAAGAUUGUAGACCUACACAAGGCUGGAAUGGGCUACAAGACCAUCGCCAAGUAGCUUGGUGAGAAGGUGACAACAGUUGGUGCGAUUAUUCGCAAAUGGAAGAAACACAAAAGAACUGUCAAUCUCCCUUAGCCUGGGGCUCCAUGCAAGAUCUCACCUCGUGGAGUUGCAAUGAUCAUGAGAACGGUGAGGAAUCAGCCCAGAACUACACGGGAGGAUCUUGUCAAUGAUCUCAAGGCAGCUGGGACCAUAGUCACCAAGAAAACAAUUGGUAACACACUACGCCGUGAAGGACUGAAAUCCUGCAAAGCCCGCAAGGUCCCCCUGCUCAAGAAAGCACAUAUACAGGGCCGUCUGAAGUUUGCCAAUGAACAUCAGAAUGAUUCAGAGGAGAACUGGGUGAAAGUGUUGUGGUCAGAUGAGACCAAAAUCGAGCUCUUUGGCAUCAACUCAACUCGCCGUGUUUGGAGGAGGAGGAAUGCUGCCUAUGACCUCAAGAACACCAUCCCCACCGUCAAACAUGGAGGUGGAAACAUUAUGAUUUGGGGGUGUUUUUCUGCUAAGGGGAGAGGACAACUUCACCGCAUCAAAGGGACGAUGGACGGGGGCCAUAUCAGCCUCUAAACCUUUAAUGACUUGGGAGAAGAUCUGCAAAGAGGAGAGGGACAAAAUCCCUCUAAUGAUGGUGUGCAAACCUGGCGUGGCCAACUACAAGAACGAUGACCUCUGUGAUUGCCAACAAGGGUUUUUUCCACCAAGUACUAGUCAUGUUUGCGAGGGUCAAAUACUUAUUCCCUCCUUAAAAUGCAAAUCACUUUAUUACAUUUUUGACAUGCGUUUUUCUGGAUUUUUUUGUUGUUAUUCUGUCUCUCACUGUUCAAAUAAGCCUACCAUUAAAAUGAUAGACUGAUCAUGUCUUUGUCAGUGGGCAAACGUAGAAAAUCAGCGUUCCAUCUGUCUCCAUUCCUGCUCUAUAUUUGUGUCUUCUGAUUCAUUUCAACUGGUUCUUUAUGAAUAUUUUACCACCCCUCUUCUUCCACUCUUUCAUUGCACCUCCCCAUCCCUCUCUCCACCCACACCUUGCCUGCCUGUCAUAUCCCUCCUCUCACUUCCUCUCCCCUUCCUGUCCUCCCUCCCUCUCUCCCUCUCACAUUUUCUCUUUCUCUCUUCUGCCAAACUUUUCCUCUCCCUCGCUUGCUACUUGUCUCCUAACACCUCUCUCUUGCGAAAACACACACACUCUUCUUUUAGUUUAGAAGGACGCUAUUUUUCACCAUGUCUUCGUGGUGAGCGUGAUGCAACAGUAACACUCUUGAUAAGAUCUCAGAUGUUUCCUCGAUGAUGCGGAUGCUUCGAUCCUCCACUGUGAUCUGCCAUCUCAUCCAGGUUCAGCUUAGUAGCCUAUAGUCCAUCUCUGUCGAACGUUCCCUCUCUCCUCUCAUCUCUCUCUCAGGUCCAUCACCAGAGCUUACUAUCGUAACUCGGUGGGCGGGCUCCUGCUGUUUGAUAUCACAAACCGUCGCUCCUUCCAGAACGUUCAUGAUUGGCUAGAGGAGGCCCGGAGCCACGUCCAACCACACAGCAUCGUGUUCCUAUUGGUCGGACACAAGUGUGACCUGGAGCCUCAGCGUCAGGUAGCCUAUCGGAUUGUGUGUCCGUGUGUGUGUGUUUGAUUGAGCAUUGAAAUAAAUAAAUAAAAAAUCCUCACCCUAAUUAAGGAUAUUAGAAAUGGCGCCUGAAACACUCUGAAAUCAGACAAUAAAAUCGAAUCUUUACCUUUAUCGCCAGGUGACUCGUCAGGAGGCUGAGAAACUCGCCGGCGCCUACGGGAUGCGUUACGUAGAAACUUCGGCCCGCGACGCCAUCAAUGUGGAGCACGCCUUCACAGAGCUGACCAGGGACAUCUUCCAGCUGGUGAGGAGAUAGGAUGAAGAAGGUUGAGUCAAGAAUCAAAAUGGAGUCACAUUUUCAAUGCUAAUCCUGUAGAAUCUUAGGCUAUUAAAGCAACGGGCUGGUCCCAUGAACUGGUACCAAAUUGUACAAACCUACGCAGUGUCAAGUGAAUCUCAAAGAAACUAAAUUGUAAUUAAUAUACAAUUAUUAGGUUAUUGCCAUUUUAACAAGUAAUUUCAAAGUAAAUACCUGAUAAAUACUAGGGCUGGGAAUUGCCAGGGAACUGACGUUACAAUAGUAUUACAAUACUUAGGUGCCGAUACAUUAUGUAUUUUUAACAAGAAAUUUCAAAGUAAAUACCUGAUAAAUACUAGGGCUGGGAUUUGCCAGGGACCUCACGAUACAAUAGUAUUACAAUACUUAGGUGCCGAUUCAUUAUGUAUUGCUAUUCAAUACUGCGAUUUAAUUGCGAUGUUGAUGUUCCAAACAUAUUGCUCACCAUAGGUCUGCUACAGAGACACGAGAGAGCCAUGAGAAAAUGAGUUUUGAUCAGUCAUGGAAAUAAAAAGUGAUGAAAACAUGUUCGCUCACUAUUUAAAAAGAAGAUGGCGAACAAGCUAUAGGAUGAAAAUUACCUGAGUUUUGGAGCAGGUAUAGCCGACUAGCGCUAGCUAAUGCUACCUACAGUAGAAAUUAAAAAUAAAUUAAUUGAUACUUGGAGAAUAAUAAUGCGAUACGUAAUUAUCGAUUUUUUCCCCCAUCACUACUAAAUACUGGUCUGUAAAAUACAGGGUUACCUUGGUUAAUUUUCGAAAAGCCUCUGCAUGUGAAUACGACGUUGUCCCUCUUAACCUUGAUAUCUUGGCUCUAGGUGAGGAGUGGUGACAUCACCAUCCAGGAGGGCUGGGAAGGGGUGAAGAGCGGCUUCGUCCCCAACGUGGUCCACUCCUCCGAGGAGGUCACCAAGAGCGACCGGCGGUGCCUCUGCUGAUCUGGAGGGAUCCACUAGAGAGAGAUCCCUGACCUGGUUUCCCCUAGGUCCUCCUGGAUCCAUUUCAGCUCUCUAGUUUAGCCAUUUGCCUCUGCUGAUCUGCAUCUGGAUGGAGGGAUCCUACCCACAACUACACUACAUGGUCAAAAGUAUGU